GAAAUGAAAAAAAGAAAGAAAGGGGGAAAGAGGGAACGGGAGAGCAGAGGGGAAGAGAGAUCGGUGAGGGAGAAGAGUAGAGGGAGGAGCUACAUCGCCAUCACCGGCCUUGGGCUCGCCGCCGUUCAUACCCCGUUGCGUCACCACCUAGCCAUCUCCAGCCCACCGCCAGUCGCUGUUGUCGUCACCAAGGGAGGAGAGAGAAAGAGGCGAACGCGAGGAGAGAGAGAGGGGGAGCUCACGAGGAAGCUGCCGCCGUCAAAGCUGGGUUCGUCGUUGCCGUUGGAGUCCGCAUCACUAUGGAACAUGCUGCUGUCGCCGAGGGGAAGCCCGUCGCCGCUAGCUUCGUCGGGUCUCUGCCGCCGAACCCGUCUUUGCCACCGCCAUUGAAAGCGCAAAGAGAGAACACGCGAGGGAAACUGUCGCGGAGCUGUCAUUGCCGCCGCGUUGCUGGGCUCACCGUCGUUCUGCCCGCGCGGCUGCUGCGUUGCCGGAGCUCCUCGCCACCGUUGUUGACGGCGAAAACCGCCUUCCAAGCCUGUGUCUGUUGGUUAUACGGUCACCACGAGUUUCUCUGCCGCCGUCCAAGCUGCCACCAGAAGGAUCCACCACAGCCUCCUCUGUUCUUGUCUUCGAAUUAGAACUGCCCUUUUUCACUGAAUAUGAUUGAUUUGAAA